UCGGCACCCCGGCGCGGAUCCCUGGGUUGGUCUGGCCUGGGCUGUUGACGUCACCACCAAGUUUGCUGUCCUUCGCGUCCCACGUGUGGCGGUAGCGGCCAAGGAGGCUGCGGGGAGCGUCUAGGAGCACAGUGGCAGCGACCGAUGACAGGUCCCAAGCAGAGGGUCCACUCCAGGUGGCUCCCAGCUGGGGCCCCAGAGGAGUGGGUAGACUUCCGGAGCGCCCCAAGAGGCCAGAAGGCUCGAGUUCCACUCAGACAGAGGGACUAAGGGGGACCUUGCUCUGUGCUGAGACGAUUUGAGCCAGGAGCGCGCUCCUGGGAGGGCCAGGACAGCAGAGCAGCCAGCGGCUGGGAAAAGGGUCACUCGCUUUGUCCGGAGCGCACACAGCUCUGCGGUCCGGGAGCCCCGCGUCCCCUCCACAGGGACCGAGCCAAGGAUGCACGGUCGCUGAGCCCAGAUCCGCACCGAGUGGCCGCUCAGAACCCUGCUGAGCCCAGCGCCUUCGCCACCACCGCCGCAGAGACUGCCUUGUCCGGCGACUCUUGGGGGCCCGGGGCGCCGAGCUCUGCCCACCUAGGCUCAGGACCGACUCGGGGCGCACUUCAGACCCGAGACGAUGGUGUCUUAAGCACGGCCCCGAACCCCUUCCUGUCCCUUCGUCCGGAGCCCGGGAUCCCGAGAAGGGCUCUCGGCUUCUGGUCCCUGCUCCAGCUCUGGCAGCCUCCCCGCGGGACAGCUCUCCCGCACGCAGGGGCGCUCGGGCGAUGUGGCCGCAGGGCAGGGCGCGGGAUGGCAGGGCUCCCUGCGCAGUCCCGGCCUAGCAUGGCCCGCUCUUCGCCAGUCGCCUCCGGCUAGGAUGGCCCCCUCGGGCCCCGCCGGCGCCCAGCCCAGCCCGGCUGAGCCACUGUCGCGCAGCAUCUUCAGGAAGUUCUUGCUGAUGCUCUGCUCGCUACUCACUUCCCUCUACGUCUUCUACUGCUUGGCUGAGCGCUGCCAGCCCGGGUCAGGCCCCGUCGCGGGGGUCCCGGGGCGCGGCGUCCCUGCAGGACCGAGGGAGCUGGCGGCGUGGCCCGCGGGGGCGCAAAGGAAGCGCCUCCUGCAGCUGCGGCAGCGGCGGAGGCGCGGGCGGCCCGGGCCAGGCGACAGCGGCGACCAGGACGAGCAGAGCCCCGGGCUGGCCGCGGCUCCAGGAGGCUCCGGGGCGGGAAGCAGCGUGGUGGAGGCCCAGUCGGGGACCCUGGCCCUUCUCUUGGACGAGGGCAGCAAGCAGCUGCCGCAGGCCAUCAUCAUCGGCGUGAAGAAGGGCGGCACGAGGGCGCUGCUGGAGUUCCUGCGCGUGCACCCCGACGUGCGCGCCGUGGGCGCCGAGCCCCACUUCUUCGACCGCAGCUACCACAAGGGCCUCGCCUGGUACCGGGACCUGAUGCCCAAAACCCUGGAGGGACAGAUCACCAUGGAGAAGACGCCCAGCUACUUCGUGACCCGGGAGGCACCCGCGCGCAUCUCGGCCAUGUCCAAGGACACCAAGCUCAUCGUGGUGGUGCGCGACCCGGUGACCAGGGCCAUCUCGGACUACACGCAGACGCUGUCCAAGCGCCCGGACAUCCCCAGCUUCGAGAGCCUGACGUUCCGCAAUCGCAGCGCGGGCCUCAUCGACACGUCCUGGAGCGCCAUCCAGAUCGGCCUGUAUGCCAAGCACCUGGAACCCUGGCUGCGCCACUUCCCGCUGGGCCAGAUGCUCUUCGUGAGCGGGGAGCGGCUGGUGAGCGACCCGGCCGGGGAGCUGCGCCGCGUGCAGGAUUUCCUGGGCCUCAAGCGCAUCAUCACCGACAAGCACUUCUACUUCAACCAGACCAAGGGCUUCCCGUGCCUCAAGAAGGCGGAGGGCAGCGGCAAGCCGCACUGCCUGGGCAAGACCAAGGGUCGCGCGCACCCCGCCAUCGCGCGCGAGGUGCUGCGGCAGCUGCGUGACUUUUACCGGCCCUUCAACCGCAAGUUCUACCAGAUGACUGGCCGCGACUUCGGCUGGGAUGGAUAGCAGAUAUAAUUUAAAAAGAAAAAAAUAUCAAAAUAUAAUAUAUUUUUUUACCAGUCGGUAGAGGAAAGACAUUUUAAUAUUUGUGUAUUAAGUAUGUGUUGCAGUAGUUUUUUUUUCUCCUGUCCCCAUGGAUAACCAGCAUCAAACUUGCGCAUGGCAGAAAAGGAGAUUUCAUGUAUCUAAGCCCCUCCCAUCUUCAGUUUGUUUAUGUUCUGAACACUCAUUCGCAAAGGAUAAGCACCGGUCCCACUAAACCUUUUAAGAAAAUCCCCAGGGCAAACCUCCCUUCUGUUAGGUACAGAAACCUGACGGAAUUGAGACCUGGCUUUCCAUUUCGCUCUCUUUCUCUUGUACCACUUUUUCUCAUAAGUCAUUUCUCAGUUAAUGAUACUCUGUGUAUGCACAGGGCAGUUUUCAAUUGUAGCUUUGAUCCUUACACUACUGCUGCAAGUUUGUGGUGCAUUUAUAGAGACCAUCAUUUUCUAUUUUAGAGGUAAGGGAAACAGUCUCAGGGAGGUUGAAUGACGUAUCUUAAAGCCAGCCGGAUGGUGGAUCCUAUCUGCCACUUUUUCUCUAUUUUAUGACUGGGGUAGGGGGUGGGGCUUAGACACCUGGGGCUUUAGAAGCUCUGGGGUGACCCCAAAAGGGCAGAGAGGGUUUGUUACUGCCAUCUGAGUUCCAGGCUGCCCUAUGGAACACACAGCCUCAUUACAUAGCCGUAUUCAUGGAAGUCACUGAGAUGGGGACACAAGCUCUCUGGGGAGCCCCUCUUGCCUCUUGGCUGAUCAAAGCAUGCUGAGCCAAGGAAAUCUGACCCAUGGGUGGUCAUCUGAGUGCCAGAGAAAUCACCGAAUUCUCCUAUUGAGGGAAGAUGGGCAGAAACAGCGAGGAGUGUAGCAGAGUGCCACUCUCCUUGUUUUUGAAAGAAAAUCUCCCUUCCUUUGUAGUACCUCAUCUCCGACCAUGGUUAAGAAGCCUUUCCGUCUCCCCCAGUUUUCACAGACCUGCCACUCAGUCACUUUACCCGCCUCCGCAUUUCCUGCUCGCAUGAGUUAGAACCUAAUGCUCAUUCAUGAUUGGAAAACAUUCUAAGAAACACAGUUGCGGACGCAACCCCACCCCUUCUUGCCCAUCCCCUGUCUAAAUGGCUCAAAUGAAUCAAUAGUGUGUUGAGAGGACUCCUUGCUCUCUGAGUGGGUAUUAACGAGAUUAGCAUUAAUGGGAAUUAAAUUGCUUUAGCGAGGGGCACAUAUGCACUGAACAUAUAAAGCAUUCAUAAUUACUCCGUCAGCAACAUUCUACCACAGGUUUAAGACCAAGAAGAAAAUGCUUGCUGUUCCAUCAAUAUUUUAUCUACUAAAAUUUAAAGGGCCGGAUACUCUAGUCUACUAAAGUAAUAGUUUGCUUUUCUCUGCUGUCAAUCAAGAGAAGCUAAGUUGUUUUUCAAUAUGCUGGGUGACUGUUAAGUUUGUCAUAGGUGCCCCAUCAGGGGUGUCCGUGUCUCUUCAGAAAACGAAUAUGGGCUUGAAAGGAAGUGAGAACGUUCUUUUAACUUUCUACGUGUUUUGUCAUCUUCAGGUUCAUUUGUUAAUGUCCCGUUUAUGGAUGUAAGCCCCAAACUCAGGUCACUUUUUCCGCUUGGUCUCCUUCACUUCGGUGCCCUCAGCCUUCAGCGGCACAGUCUGUUUUCAGUGGACGUGCGUCCUCACCAGCAGCCACGAGAGACUCAUGUUAAGCUCUGCUCAUCUUUGAAUUUGUUACGUUUGUGCUUCUGAAUCUUUUGUAUUCCUCUCCCUGCCUGCCAUUAUGCAAAAGCGGCUUGCACAAAACCAGAAUUGUAUCUAACAGCUGCACUCAGUAACCUUCCUCUUUUCCCAGGGAAGGGAUAAUAAAAGAACAAAAUCCAAGUGCAAAGGA